CUUAAGCCGGUUUUAUGAUUUUUUAAUUCAGUUUUUAGGAUUUUUUUAUAUAUGAAAAUAUGAUUUUAAAUAAAGAAAUUGGGUUGCCUGUGGUACAUACAGGUGUCUUGUGGGUAAAGGCAAAGAAACAUCCAAAAUGGCGGUUUGUUUGGUUCGAUCUGUGUUCUCAAAACAACUUAACGCUCUUCGUGUGGGACUUUUCGGUUUAUCGAGAUUGCAAAGAAUUCACACAGAUGAUAAGUUUGGCAAUGAUGCCAGUUCAUCUGAAACAGAAACCGACCAAGUAGAGCAUGAAGAUUCCCAAACAGAAGACACAGAUGGUGAAGAUGUAGAGAGUCAAAUCCUCAGARCUUCGCUGAACUUCGUUCCUGAGUUUGGCUGGAAUUCAACUAGUAUUUCAGCUGGUGCAGAGACGCUUGGGUUAUCGUCCAUGGUCAAAGAAAUGUUCCCUCGAGGUGGUGGAGACUUGGCUUUGUUCUUUAUUGAAGACUGUAACAUUAGAUUAGCAGAUUAUUUAGUGGAAAAUUCCAUGAAAGAACAAGAGGAUAAAGAUGCUCUGAGAAGAAGACCUAGUGUGAUUGUUAGAGAUGCUGUAGAAGUGCGACUAAGAAUGAUAAUCCCAUUCAUAGACAACUGGACGCAGGUGAUGAGAUUGAUGGCUAUGCCUCAGAAUGCCCCAGAUGCUCUAAAGAGUGUGGCAUAUAUGGUUGACGAUAUAUGGUACCAUGCAGGUGACACAUCAACUGAUAUCAACUGGUACUCCAAGCGUGCUACUCUAGCAGCUAUUUAUGGAGCCACAGAACUUUACAUGGUGCAAGAUCGAUCUGAAGACUUUGAAAACACCUGGACCUUCCUGGACAAUAGACUAGAACAAGUUAAACAACUAGCAAAGAUAAAGGAAUCUCUAGAGAAAACAGGUGCAGACUCAGCACAGAUACUCAAUUCAGCUUUGACAACAGUAAGAAAUAUGGCAGGCUUCAACAAAAGAUCUCGAUAAAAUUUAACAUAUAUAUGGAGAUUAUCACAUCAGAGCUUAAUGUUGUCAUUAUUCAUAUCCUUUCCAUAUCAUUUCAUGAAUGAGCGAGUCCAYGAUAUGAAAUAUGGAAAACAAAUGAAUAAAAAAAAUCAGGCUUUUGACAUGUAAAUUUGUUUUAUAAGACAUUUAGGGUCGAUAUCCUUGUGAUAAAGCCAUGAAUAAAAACCAUAUCAGUAAAGUGAUAUCAUUUUUAUUCACAGCCUUAUCACACAGGUAUCGACCCUAAGUGUAUAAUAAACUGCAAUACAGUCACAUUCAUAUCAAGUGCUGGAGGAGGGCCGAGGAGAGACAGUAACCUUCUCUUGGAAUCUCAGGAGAGGCAAAUAGCUAGGUGCAUUACUGCUUACUCCAUCUUCAAUUUUUACAUGCAAAAGUUAUACGAGUUAUGUGUAAGAAAUAUAUAAAUUAUACGAUCUAAAAAUGUGUUCCCAGUGCAAGGAAAAAGUAUACAGUAUAUUUGCCUCUUUAACRUAAAUUCUUUUUCAAAUGUUUUAAUAAAAGCAUUCUCCCACA